ACCUCAAACAGUCGCUGUAGCGGCGCUGCUAAGAAGACAACGCGGCGCGGCGCGGCGAGGCGUUCGCUGCUGUGUACGUGGCCGUGCCAGCGGUUUAUCUCGCUACGUGAUUUCACAGAAGCGAGGCCAUGGCUCAAGUAUCACCCGAAGGACCCGCGCACCGUAAACCCAAGCCGAAGAACAAGAAGGCCAACAAACACAAGGGCGAGAGGGAGAAGGAGAAAAAGGAGUGGAAGAGGGAGGAGAAGGACCCGGUGGCGGCGCUGCGCUGCGCCAAUCAGGCGCUGUGCUCGGGCUUCGUGUACGCGCCCGCGUACACGUGCGAGGCGGAGCACGCGCUGUGCGUGACGUGCGUGGCGUUCCACGCCGGCCGCUGCCCGCUGUGCCGCGCGCCGCUGCCGCGCGCUGUGGCCUUCCACCUGGAGGAGCGCGCCGACCACUUGCUGCUGGCGUGCGUCUACCGCUCCAAGGGCUGCCACUUCCGCUUCCCGCGCGAGGAGCUCGUCUUCCACCAGGUGGAAUGCAGAUAUGCUCGUAAGCAAUGCUUCGCUUCAAAAUGCGGUUUUCUUGGAGAUAACAAGGAGUUGGCUGCUCAUAUGGAGAAAUCACAUGCAGAGAGAGUUACGAAGGGAAUGGAAGCUGAAUUUACUUUUCGCAACAUAAUCACUAGGUGUGAUGGAGUUCAUCAUAUUCAGUUUCUGAGGAAUCGACUCGGAAACUUCUGGAUAAAAUAUAUGUAUUCAGAAACUGAAUCACAGUUAUAUGGAGCAGUACAAUACAUUGGUCCAAAACAAGAGGCAGAAAAAUUAGAAUAUCAAUUUGAAAUGAAAGAAUAUGAUGACUCCAAAUUUACUGGCCUCAAAACCAUUUUCACUGGAAAAAUGCCCACACAUGUUAAAAGUUUUGAAACCAUUUUUGCAUCUCAAGACUGUUUUACAGUAACAUUAGAUUUUGCUGAAUACUUUGAAAAUAAUGAUUUGUUGCAUUUGACUGUUAGAGUAAAGCCUAUUGACUUUCCUCUGUGAUUUUUUCCUAAAAUGUUUCACACAGAUAUUGUUUUUCAGAUUGUGGUCUUUUUAAUCUGGCCAGAAUAUCUGUUGAGAAACAAAUAAUUUGUUAUUGUAAACUUAGGUUGUCUGUUGUUUAGAAGGUUUCCGAGUGGGAAACCUUGUUAACUGCCUCCUAUGAAGCUUUUUUCCUGGAGAUCAGUCUAGGGACAGUUCCAGAAAGUAUUUUGGGAGUUAGCAGUGUGAACGGGUUGUGUUUAGACUUCUUCCCCCUUCCCUUGCCUCAUCCUCCGGAACAUGGAGAGCAUGAGACUUCUUUGAGAAUUCAAAACUUUGUAAACGUAAGAACUAAAUUCUUCUUAAAUUUUAAGGGGAAUCUUUGAAAAAUUUGAAGACAGCUUAUUUCAGUGCUUUUUAAAACUACAUUAACAUUUGUUUUGAAUGUUAUUGAAAAUGCUGUGUGAAUGCUUAUUUUAUAUUUUACCAUGUUGUGAAUUUGAUAUUUAAUUUUUUAUACAAGAUUUGAGAAAUUGAAUGCAUAAGUAAUGUAAAAGAGUAUUUAAAUGUAUAAAAAAUUGGAUGUAUGAAAUAUUUUAGAAUAAAAAAAUUGAUUAAAUGAAACCAUUAAUUCCAUGCCAUUUCCAAACAAAAAAGUUUUGAUGUUUACACGACAUAAAGCUCAAAUCUGAUUUAGAAAAAUAGGUAAAUAUUUAUCUCUAUCCUCAUGAAUACAGCACCAAAAUGUAAUGAUACUGAUGUGUGGGUACUUUUCUAUUAAUAAAAAAAAGAAAAACCUGGACAUGAUUAUUACUAUAUUGUCCAAUUUGACAUUGUCAGAAACAUUAAGGGUUACUAUUCUAAAGAAAAGAAAUAGAACAUGAUUGUGUGAAACAUUAAUAAAAAAAAGUUUCAAAAAUAUUGACUUUCAGCACCUUUUAGAUUGUAUAAAAUUUAAUUGUCAUAUUGUGUGUUUAAUAUUGCAUACUAAGUUUUUUCUUUAGCAAAAACCACAGUACAUUUUUAGUCUAUACAUUUAACAAAAGAACACCAUUUUUAAAUACUUUUUUUUUGGAACUUAGUCCCUUUCACUCCAAAAAAAAGGCCCCUGUUUCAUUAUUGUAUCAUCACCUAAAUCACCAAGUGCUUGUCCAAUUAGGAGGCAAUUACUUAUUGUCCUAUAUUUAGUUUUGUGUGAAAAGUGGCUAUUGUGACAAUAGCAUGUGAACUUACUUUUGAUCAAGUCCCCUUUCUAUUAAUUAUGUCCCACCUAACCCAUCAUUUCAAAAAUCUCUUUCUAUUCUCAUCACAAAACUUUCAGUCCAUUUUGGGAUGGACCCUCCCUCCUCAGCUGUUGGAGGUGACUCAUAGACCUAUCUCUAUCAGUCUCUAGAAGGUACCCUCACCCAUCUUUGUGAAAGAUGGCUGGUUUGACGGAGGGCAUUAGUUUGGUACAGGAAGGAAGAGUGUAGAGUGUAAUAUAUAAUAAUUAUAUCUGAUCUUUGGCACUACAGCACUCAGCAUUUGUGCAUUAUGUAGAAUUCAAACCCACCCACUUAAGAUGAUUUUGGUAUUCAAAGUAAUGGAAAACCAGCUCAUUUUCUAAGAAAUUAUCAUUUUUCUCUACUGGGUGACUAGUGCAUCAAUUGAUGUCACUGCAGUGCCUCUGACCAAGAGGUCUUACGAUUUGAGUCCUGAUGGUGGCAGCAAGCUACAUAGCAAGGUCAUAGACUAAGGAGGUAUAUAUCAUUACCCUAUUGCAAGGUCGAAUGUAGCUGCUGUCUGAAGGAGAAUUAUAGUGACCUACUACUCUAAUUGUUAGUUUUCCAUAGUUUCUCCAAUCAACACAAGGUGAAUGCUGGAGUGAUACCUAUCAAACCUGGCCAUGGACCACAUGCAAUCUUUCCUUCCUUGUCCUAUCCCUUUAUUACACUCUCAUGUGCACUACCACAUAUGUAAGAGGUUAGUGCUUGUCCUGCCCGGGGUUGUAUUCUGCUGGUAGGAGGUACCUGGUUGGGGAAAAUCCCAUAAACUGGCACCGGAUGUCACCGUCCAGGGGAGGGGGGGCAAUCACUGCCACCUCCAACAAUAAAAUAUACACACUACAAUUACGGGACUUAGAACUUAGCUUAUGAUAUUAAUCAAAUAAUCAGCUAAUUUUUCCAUUAGUGAAAACAAUCAACUCUCAUUUACA